AUGGGUAUACAACUUUCUAAGCUUUUCGACAAGAUUUUCAAUAAGGUCGAAAUGAGAAUUUUGAUGUUAGGUCUCGAUGCCGCUGGUAAGACCACCAUUCUUUAUAGAUUGAAGCUCGGUGAAGUCGUUUAGAGUGUUCCUACCAUUGGUUUCAACGUUGAAAGUGUUGAAUACAAGAAGAUUAAAUUUACAGUUUGGGACGUCGGCGGUUAAGACAAGAUUAGACUCUUAUGGAGACAUUACUUCCAAGGUACCCAAGGUCUCAUUUUCGUCGUCGAUUCCUCUGAUAAGGAACGUAUCGAAAUUGCCAAGGAAGAAUUACAAAGAAUGCUUUCCGAAGAUGACCUCAAGGAAGCUGCAGUCCUUGUCUUCGCCAACAAGCAAGAUAUGGGUGUCAUGAAUGUCACUGAAAUCACUGAAAAGUUAGGUCUCGCCAACCUCAGAGGACGUGAAUGGUUCAUCCAAGGAACCUGCGCUCUCAGUGGUGAAGGUUUAUUCGAAGGUCUUGACUGGCUCUCCAAGGUCGUCAGCAAAAAGAAAUGA